GAUUUUGACUCGACGUCGACACAGUCAGGUGAUAAAAUUCUGUUGUUGUUAUCUCAAGUCAAAUUGUCCAGUCAUUGUGCUGGCGGAUCAGGUUGUAGCUGAAGUUAUUCUGCAGCUGUAAAAUGAAGGUUUUAUACCUGUGUCUUUUCGCGGCACUUGCUUUGGCAUCUGAUGCACUCGUCCGAAUUCCGUUGAGGAAGUUCCGUUCCAUCAGGCGCACACUGACUGACUCGGGCAGGGCAGCAGAAGAGCUGUUGGCCGGGCAGGAACACACUAAGUACAACAACCUGGGCUUCCCCUCCUCCAGUAAUGGACCCACUCCAGAAACCCUGAAGAACUUUAUGGAUGCUCAGUACUACGGUGAGAUCGGCCUGGGGACUCCCGUCCAGACAUUCACUGUGGUGUUUGAUACAGGCUCCUCUAACUUGUGGGUCCCUUCCAUCCACUGCUCCUUCACAGACAUCGCCUGCUUGCUUCACCACAAGUAUAACGGUGCCAAGUCCAGUACGUAUGUGAAGAACGGAACGGCCUUCGCCAUCCAGUAUGGGUCUGGCAGUCUGUCUGGGUACCUCAGCCAAGACACGUGCACGAUUGGAGGCCUGUCCAUAGAGGACCAGGGGUUCGGUGAGGCCAUCAAGCAGCCUGGCGUAGCCUUCAUCGCUGCGAAGUUUGACGGCAUCCUGGGCAUGGCCUACCCCCGUAUCUCUGUGGACGGGGUCGCUCCGCCGUUCGACAACAUCAUGAGCCAGAAGAAAGUAGAGCAGAACGUGUUCUCCUUCUACCUCAACAGGAACCCAGACUCUGAGCCCGGCGGGGAGCUCCUGCUGGGAGGAACUGACCCUAAGUACUACAGUGGAGACUUCCAGUACCUCGAUGUCAGCCGCCAGGCCUACUGGCAGAUCCACAUGGACGGGAUGGGUGUGGGGAGCCAGCUGAGUCUGUGUAAGGGAGGCUGUGAGGCCAUCGUGGACACCGGCACGUCCCUCAUCACCGGCCCUGCGGCCGAGGUCAAGGCCCUGCAGAGGGCCAUCGGAGCAACACCACUCAUCCAGGGAGAGUACAUGGUGAACUGUGAUAAGAUUCCCACCAUGCCUGUCAUCACAUUCAACCUGGGAGGACAGUCCUACAGUCUGACUGCAGAGCAGUACGUCCUCAAGGAGAGCCAGGCUGGUAAGACCAUCUGCCUGAGUGGCUUCAUGGGCCUGGACAUCCCGCCCCCCGCCGGGCCGCUGUGGAUCCUGGGAGAUGUAUUCAUUGGCCAAUACUACACUGUGUUCGACCGUGACAACAACAGGGUGGGCUUCGCUAAGUCCAAGUAGAACUACAACCAUUGGCUACGUCCCUCAUUCUGCACUAUCCAUCAUCUACCCUUUUCCUGAAGUGUACACUUGUUCUGCACACUACUUGUCGUGGAUUUGGAGAAUUGGGAAGCAGUCAAUGUUUUAGGGUGUUUUGCGGUACAUUUAAAAGUGGAUCGAGAUGUUAUGAUUUUAGACAGGCAAAAUCCACGUGUGGGGAAAGACACUACUUGUAAAAGUUGCACAAGUUUCCAUUUGCUUUUCUGAAAUCUUUUAAACUAACAAUUAGAUUUGUGUAGAGUUAAAAUGCACUGAUCUAAACAAGCAUUUAAUGUCUUGAGUUAUUUGCUGUGAAAGUGAAACAGAAAACAUGGUGGUGGUGUUGGAGGAACAGGAUCGGGAGUCAAAGAUGACGAUCAGAACGGAACCUUUUGAGUUUUACCAUCUGAGUGAUCUGCUGUACGUUUUAAAUCAGGGACUUGUUUGUUUUUUAAAGCAACCGAACAAUAUAACAUUUUUAAUUUGUGUUUUGAGGCAAUGGACCUCUUGUCAAUGACUUUUAAGAUUUAUCUUCAAAUGAUUGGAUUCAAUAAAAUAAUUGUAAAAAGUGAA